GAUGUUCUGUCACAGAAGGGUGGGGGGGUGGAGGUGUGCUCUCCCUGCCUCCGGCUCUCCAUGUGUGCACCAGAACAGAGCCACGCCACAAAUACAUUUUGAAUGAUAAACAUAUAUAUUUGUUUUGGAUGGUUUGGAGUUGACCUGAAGCUGCUGGCUGUCUCUGUGUCCCGCUGUGGGUUUCUCAGGAGGUGCUGAAGGUGAUGCGCACCAUGGAUGGCCGCAUCGUCCACGGACUGAACACCACCGUGCCCACAGUUUCCUUCUCAGGCAAAGUUGAUGCCACACAAACAUGCAAACAACUGUAUGAAUCUAUGAUGGAGGUCCAUCUGAGCAGAGACCAAGCUGUCAAGGCCUGUAUAGCCAAAGCAUCUGCGGUGGUGGGACAGCUGGGUGAGGAAAGAGCAAAAGACUGCGAGGACCUGGCAGUCAUCAAACAACUCAGGAAGGAGCAGACCAAAUUCCAUGGAAAUCAAGAUGAAGCAACACCUCUGACACACCCACAUGUGUUCAUUGGAAAAACAACCGAGGUGCUGAAGGUGAUGCGCACCAUGGAUGGCCGCAUCGUCCACGGACUGAACACCACCGUGCCCACAGUUUCCUUCUCAGGCAAAGUUGAUGCCACACAAACAUGCAAACAACUGUAUGAAUCUAUGAUGGAGGUCCAUCUGAGCAGAGACCAAGCUGUCAAGGCCUGUAUAGCCAAAGCAUCUGCGGUGGUGGGACAGCUGGGAGGUGCUGAAGGUGAUGCGCACCAUGGAUGGCCGCAUCGUCCACGGACUGAACACCACCGUGCCCACAGUUUCCUUCUCAGGCAAAGUUGAUGCCACACAAACAUGCAAACAACUGUAUGAAUCUAUGAUGGAGGUCCAUCUGAGCAGAGACCAAGCUGUCAAGGCCUGUAUAGCCAAAGCAUCUGCGGUGGUGGGACAGCUGGUCAUGAAAAAUCUGAAUUUCAACAUCCCACCGGAUAUAAGAUGACCAAAGAAAGGUCUUUGGAUCCCUGUGAAGAAGGUCUGGAACCCCAGUCACUUCGGUCCUCUCGUCUCUUAAAUGUCAGAGGUAGAGGAAGAAGAUUUUUUUCUCCCGGGUGGCCAAUCACCGAAGACUUCUCGGGUCCAGACGAUCUUUCAAGGGAUCCUGUUCGUGACGCCAAGUUUGUCGUGGAAAUUGAUCUUGUUAUUAUUAUUUUUUUUCAGGCAAAUUAAUUGGCUUUUUGAGGGCUUUAACAUGCUCAAAU